UGCACUGAUGGGCAUUGACAGGCAUCACUGAUGGGCACUGAAAGGCAGCACUGAUACAUGACACUGAUACAUGACACUGAUAUAUGGCACUGAUAGGCGGCACUGAUAGGCGGCACUGACUGGCACUGAUAUGCAGCACUGGCUGGCACUGUUAGGUGGCACUGACUGGCAAUUAUAGGCGGCACUGACUGGCACUGAUGCACACUGAUAGGCGACACUGACUGGCACUGAUAGGUGGCACUGAUUGGCAGCACUGAUGUGUGGCACUGAUUGGUAGCACUGAUAGGUGGCACUGAUUGGGAUUGAUAGGUGGCGCUGACUGGCACUGAUGGGGGACAUUGAAAGGCAGGUCAGAUGGGCACUGAUAUGUGGCAUUGAUGUGCACUGGUAUGCACUGAUAUGUGGCAUUGAUGUGGCACUGAUGGGCACUGGCACGUGGCACUGGCACGUGGCACUGAUGAGCACUGACAGGUGGCACUUCUGGGGCCACACUGAUCAUCAGGGCACACUGAUCACCACUGUCAGCGUGACAGCUCGAGAGGAGAGAAAUGCUGAUAACCGG